UAUAACGGAUCUAUUCGUCGGCUCAAUCGAGUGGUCGCGGCGUUCAGCGUCUCUUCUCUUCGUUUCCACCAGCCCCGACACGGCACCAUGCUCUCAAAGGUUUUGAGCUGAAGAUUAUGCUGGUUGUUGUAACUUAUGUUGUUGAUGAGGGUGGAAGCGCUGGGUGAUCUCUCUGGUUGAAGGAUUCUCGGGUUUCCAUUAUGUUGACGAAUGUAUUUCGGAUUGGGGAGCAGUUUCGUACUGUAUCUUGGUUUCAGUUUCUUCCUAGUGAAUCUGAUGCAAACACCCUACCUGAUAAAAGCUUAAAAGUGGAACAAAAAGAUGCUGCUACGUUUUUGGUACUUUCUGCACACCUCCAGUUGCAGAAUGAAGGCUUCCUCAGCACAUGGUCUAAUUCGUUUGUUGGACCAUGGGAUCCAUCUCAGGGUGUGCACAACCCUGAUGAGAAAAUCAAGCUUUGGCUUUUUAUUCCUGGGCGACACUCAUCUAUAAGUGAGAAUGCACAAUCUAUUGUCUCAAGAUUGAAAGUUGUUGGGACUGGACUUUGGGUACCUCCUGGAGACUCUGAAGAGGUAGCGGCCGCGCUAUCUCAAUCUUUAAAAAAUUCUUUAGAAAGAUCGUUGAGAUUGCUUUCGUACAUGAGAUUUGGGGAUGUUUUCACAAGGUGCCAUAAUUUUACAACAAAUGAAAAUAACUUAAGGAGAGCGCAACCUGCCAUUGAGUUUGUUUUUGCUGCCACUGAAGAAGCAAUUUAUGUGCAUGCCAUCAUAUCAGCAAAGCAUGUCCGAGGCCUAUGCAGUGAUGAUAUGGAAAGGUUAUUGAAGUACCGGUCCUCCAAUUCUGUUCAAGAAGGGAUCCCAGUUAUUGUUGCUCCUAAUGGAAUGCAUGGCAGGCUUAUUGGAUGUCGCCCCAGUGAUUUGGUGAAGCAAGUGUAUGUCAGCAAGGCUAAGGCUUCAAAUGGACUCUCUGUUGGCAUUCCUUUCCAUGCUGCUCAAUCUUCAGUGUGCCAACUCAGGGGCCAGAGCUUUUAUGCAGAGGUUAGCCUUGGUUGCCCUUCCUCUUCCAAGGGUUGCUCAUUGAGAUCAGUUAGGGAUCAACCCAAAGUCCUCAUUCAGCAGUCUGAAGAACAACACCAGGUAUCUUCUGAAAGUGUCCAACAGAAGCAGGGAUCCACUGAUAAACUUCCAGUACUUGAAAGAACAUUCCUUUACCCCGCAGAAACAGUGCUUCUGCCAGUCAUGCAAAGAGCUUUUGCUAGAUCUUCUCUAAAAAGAUUAUGGCUCCAAAAUUCAGUGGGGACGCCACUAUUUGAGUUGUGGUCAUUAUGGAACUUUUCGGGUUCAUCUCAUCUGGAGCACUGUUUGGCCUUUGGAGAUGAUGGAAGAAGUGAUUUUACCGAUUGCCUUGGAGUUGAGUUUAGUGGAUUGCGGAUGCAGCGAAAAAAUAACAGUAGCAGCAACAGCAAUAGUAGUAGCAUCAGCAGCAUAAGUAGUACCUCUAGUGAAAGUGACAAUGAUAUUCUUGGAGCAAAUGAUCUUGAAGCUGACGCCGAUUCACUCACAUGUAAACAGUCUGGUUUGGCGUCCACUGAUCAAUUUGAGAAUGAUGGUCACAAAAUGGUUUCUAAGCGGAUGCGAACGGGGAUGGCAGAAACCUUUGGUCAAGCUGGCACUGUUGUAAGUGGAACUACGCAAGAUCCAUUCAAAUCUGAUUAUAGUGGUGCUGAAGGAAACAAUUCAGCUGGUGCAGGAGUUCAGAUAGGAUCCAACUGGGGUUGGGAUGAGGAUGGCAUAAGCAUCGAUAUUCAAACUCUCCUUUCUGAGUUUGGGGAUUUUGGAGAUUUUUUUGAAAAUGAAGUCUUUGCCUUUGGAGAGCCCCCUGGUACUGCUGAGUCUCAAGCCAUCAUGUUCCCAUCUGCUGAUAGUGGAGAUAUCAGCGGCAGUCCUUGCACAGGUGGAUUGGAUGCCGCUGAUCAGAGAUUCUCGCCAGUUAAUAUUUCUUCUUUGGAGGCGUUUACACAUUCCUUUGCAACACCUACGGAUGAUGUUUCUAAUCGAAGUACAGAAUCUACAAGGGACUUUAGGCCAACAGGCAUUGUUUGUCAUUCUUCAGCACCAUCAUCUAGUAAGUUUGACUAUCUGAUAAAAGCAGAAGCUUUGAUGAUAUUUGCACCUGAGUAUGCUGCAGUGGAUAUCCCAACUAGUGAACCAUCUACGUCCAUUGUUAGAAGCACAUACCUUCCCAGAUCUAAAAGAGUCGAUAGUUUAAGUUCUGGCACUUACUUCUACAGUGCCACUCCACUAUCCCCUUGCAAGGACUUGGUGAUAGAAAAGAAUGAAAUAUCCUUGAAAGCAAAACCUAAUAUCGCAGGGCAUGAUGGGAGUUUGUUGGUCCCAUCUAGGAAAUUAUACGCCUAUAUAGAUCAUGGAAUUCGAAGAGCUGAAAAAAGACCACGCACUCAUGAAGUACCUCCAAUUAAAGGAGAUGUGACAUCUCCUGUAUCAGUAUUGAAUUCAUCAAUUCCUGUCUUAACCAUCCAAAAGAAGAAUGGCAGCACAUUAGAGCCAGGGCAGCUUCUAUUGUCUCUAAAGACCACUCUUGCUACAGAAAUUGAUUGCAUUGUGUUCCAAGCUGCCAUGUGCAGGAUCAGACAUACGUUAUUAUCUCUUAGCAACCGUGCCCCUCUUUGGUCGAAUAAACUAAUUGGAAGUGUUAUGUCGGAGAUGGUUCCAAUUGAUACAAGCACUGCAACAAAUAGUAUUCCUAAUAAGUAUGAAGCAAAAAGGAAAGAUCCAGUACCAGUAAGAGUUGCUGCUGAUGUUGAUGUUUUAAUGAAUGAUGGGCCUGUUACUGCAUCUGUGGGCGUUUGGCGUUCUGUUGCAGCACCCAAAGGGCCAAAGUCUAUGAAUACUUUCAAUUCUGAGAGCUCACCAACUUUGCCACAUAAUUCAAAUGUCGAGAGUUUAGUGUCCCUUGCUCAAAGGCAACCUCUUCAAGAGCUUCUUGAUGCCAUGGCAUUUUUAGUUCAACAAUCUACCUCUUUUGUUGAUGUAUCGCUUGACACUGAUGGUGGAGAAGGUCCCUUUUGUUGGCUUGCAUUACAGGAGCAACAGAGGCGGAGUUUCUCCUGCGGUCCAUCUAUGGUUCAUGCAGGUUGUGGUGGACUUUUAGCUGUAUGCCAUUCUCUGGACAUUGCUGGUGUUGAAUUGUUUAAUCCACUAUAUGCUGAUGUCCAGGUGUCGUCGGUAAUUAGUUUGCUGCAGUCUGACAUAAAAGUAGCAGUGAAACAUGCUUUUGGAAAUUUGGAUGGGCCAUUAUCUGUGUCUGAGUGGUGCAAAGGCCGCAGCUCUUUUGGUGAUUCAGGAAACACAGGAGAUGGGUAUCCUUUUCAAAGCCCUGUUCUUGAAGCUAAAGAUUCUUCAAGUACUUUAACUCUUGCAGGAGAGCCAAUGAGUCCCUCUCAGUCAGCCGGUGGCCCAUCUUGCAUGAAAGAUUGCUCUAGAAUUGAUGAUUCAUCUCAAAGGAGGUCGAAUCAAGAGAUGGCUAAUUCAGAAUCUGAACUACAGAAGACAUAUUGCAACUUCAGGCCAACACUAUCAGUGCUCCCGUUGCCCUCCAUUCUUGUUGGGUACCAGGAUGAUUGGCUGAAAGCAUCGGUGAGCACUCUACAGUUAUGGGAUAAGGCUCCUCUUGAACCAUAUGCUUCACCCAAACCAGUUUCUUACUUAGCCAUAUGUCCAGAUAUUGAUCUCCUUACUACUUCUGCCACUGAUUUUUUUCAACAGUUAGGAGUAGUUUAUGAAACUUGCAAACUUGGAACACAUUCACCUCAGAUAAGUGGAAGUCAAAUGGAGUUAUCCCCUGGGAAAUAUUUGCCUUCUGGACUUGUCCUUGUUGACUGUCCUCAGCAACUAAAGAUUGCAAGCAAUUCUGCAUUUGCUAUAAGUUCAACAAGUGAUUAUUUUCAAGCUCUAGCCAAAGGUUGGGAUAGGAAGAGUUUCAUUAGUUCUCUUUCCAAGGUUCUUAGGGAUUUAAAGCUGGCUGCACAUUCUACAGUACCUCAAAAAGAGGGAACAGCUGGACCUAUCACAGUAGUAUAUGUUGUGUGCCCCUUUCCAGAGCCUAUAGCUGUUCUGCAGACUUUGGUAGAGUGCUGUGCAACUCUAGGAUCAAGUGUUCUAUUGCCAUUUAAAGACAGAAGAUCCUUUUUGUACUCUCAAGUUGCGAAGGCUCUGAACUGUACUUCUGCUGUGGAUGAAGCAUCAACUUCAAAUGUCAUAGUGCUUUCAGGUUUUAGCAUUCCUAAACUUGUUCUGCAGAUUGUGACUGUGGAAUCCUUGCUAAGAAUCAAUAGGCCAGCUUGUGAGCUUGCCAUGUUGAAGGAUAUUGCAUUCACUGUGUACAAUAAAGCCCGUCGAAUUCCACGAGUUGCAUCUACUAAUGACAUACUACAAUCAACUGUGACUGGGAGAUCCCAAUCCUCAAUGAUGCAUGUAACGUCUCCUAUUCCCGGACUGUGGAAAGACUUCGGUCGCAUGUCUGGACCAACUCUCACAAGAGAGGUUGAGUUAGAUAAUACAACAUUGAGGCCUGGCCCUUGGGAUAGUUCGUGGCAAACAUCCCGAACUGGAGGACUAAACUGUGACACAAAUAGACCAAUAGAUUUACUCUGCCAAGAAGAUGCUAGGUACAUGUUUGAACCAUUUCUUAUUUUGGCUGAACCUGGUUCUGCAGAGCGUUCCACUUCCUCCUCUAUGUUUGGUAUUGUUGCGCCAGAGUCUUCUAAUUUGAGAACCAGUAUGGAUGAUAGUAGUGGGAUAUACAUGCAAAGUUCAACUCCAGGUGGGAGUUCAGAUAUUGGAACAAGUUCUGCAUUUGAUAAACCAGAACAUGACCGAAAGGCAGCAAGUCUUCAUUGCUGUUAUGGUUGGACUGAGGAUUGGCGUUGGCUGGUCUGUAUCUGGACAGAUUCCAGGGGAGAGUUGCUUGAUAGCAGCAUUUUUCCUUUUGGCGGUAUUAGUAGCCGUCAAGACACAAAGGUUCUUCAAUGUCUUUUUGUUCAAGUUUUGCAUCAAGGUUGUCAGAUACUAUCAUCUUCAUCUGAUGCUAUUAAUGCCAGACCAAGGGAUAUAGUCAUUUCAAGAGUUGGUUGCUUCUUUGAGCUUGAAUGCCAAGAGUGGCAGAAGGCUAUUUACUCGGUCGGAGGUGGUGAAGUUAAGAAGUGGCCUUUGCAAUUUCGACGGUCUGCACCUGAUGGCAUAUCAUCAAGCACUAAUGCAAGUUCUCUGCAGCAGCAGGAUAUGGGUUUAAUUCAAGAUAGAAACCUUCCUUCAUCACCUAGCCCUUCCCUGUAUAGUCCUCAUGCAAAACCAUCUAGCUUCAUGAAAGGGGGUUUGGGGCAAACAAACAGCAAAAAACAGCUCUUGUCAGGACAAGCUCCACCUGAUAGCUCCAGAGGAUUUUCUCAUUUGGUGCAGAGCAUCACUCUUGUUUCAGUUUCAAUCGAUCAUUGUUUGAAUAUAAUAGUCCCAGCAGACUUGCCUUCAGGUGGUGUUGGGCCUCAAAGCAGCAGUGCCUCAGGCAUUUCUGGUUAUGUUGAAGGAUUCAGUCCGGUGAAGUCUCUUGGGUCUAUGUCUGCAUCUUAUCUCCUGAUCCCUUCACCUAGCAUGAGGUUCCUUCCCUCAUUACCCUUACAGCUUCCAACGUGCCUGACAUCGGAGUCACCACCUCUUGCUCAUCUACUGCACAGCAAAGGGCCUGCCAUUCCCUUAUCAACCGGCUUUGUCGUGUCAAAAACAGUCCCUUCAGCAAGACGAGAUCCUACAGAGUCAGUAAAAGAGGAUUGGCCUUCUAUUCUCUCGAUCAGCCUUGUUGAUCACUAUGGAGGCAGCAACAGCAACAACAUAGUCCAGGAAAAGAUGUCCCGAGGCACCAGCAACAGCAACACCACCAAGCAGAAUCGGAGUUUUGGGACAGAUGUGAUCAGCAAAGACUACGAGGCUGAUGCACAUUCAGUUUUAGAAUCCGUGGCAGCGGAGCUUCACUCUCUUUCAUGGAUGACUGCCAGCCCUCUUUAUUUGGAAAGGCGAACUGCGCUCCCCUUCCACUGUGAUAUGUUUCUAAGAUUAAUGAGGCUUCUCCAUUACGCCGAUAAAGAGUUAUCUCGUUUGGCUGAACAAACACAGUAGUGGUCUCUUGAAAGCACUCUGUGAUUCUAACUUUUCAAGCAGAGCACUCUCUUCAACUUUGCUCGGCCGUUGCCGGUUGCCGGUUAUAUUUUUGGACGGCAACGGUUAUCAGUGAUUGUUCUCCAUUCGAUGUGCUGUAACAAAUAUAGCAAAUUCAAGGGCAGAGGUUCUGUCUCUCCCAAUCAUAUGUUCAUAUAACCAUUACUGUAGAAAUAGAAAAAUCGGCAGGACGAGUUCUCUUCCUUUACCCAUUGACAACUUGUUUGUAGAACAGUUCAUCUUUAUAAGUUUGUUUUUGUAGAACAUUAACAUAACAAGGUCUUUUUUUUAUCUA